AUGUCUUCCUCCGAGAUGAGCUCCCCGCCUCCAUCGCCGGUACCCCCUCCCCGGAACCCUCCACCCCGCCUACCUCUCCCGCGAAAUCUACCCCGCCUUCCUCUCCUUCCAAAAAAACAAACGGCCGCUGCGGCGAAGAAGGAGGAGGCCAAGAAGGCUAAAGAGGUUGCUAAGGAGAUGGAGAAGGCUAAGAAGUGGAGAGCUACGCAGAGGGUGAAAUCUGAAAAGAUCCUCGAGAAGAAAGCUCCUGGCGUCAAGGCCAUCCUCGACAAGCUGUCUACCGCUUGGGACGUUGUCGGAUUGGCCGAAAAUCAGAUCCGGCUAAUCGACAACGAGGAGGUAUCCCCUCCAGCCCAGCUUGACACCAAGACCAAGGAGUAUGAAGAGGGACCACCAAUGAUAAAGGACUUUAUUGGUUGGAUCAAGGCUGAGUACUCUCCGGAAGAGGAGAAGAGCGAGACCGGCAUUGACGGCGACAAGAUGGAGGUCGACGAGCUCGAGUCGAACCGCGACGCUGCUAGCGAGAAGGUCGGCGAAGAGGUUGUUAAUGGCGAAAAACAGAAUGGCGAUAACGACGAGGGCGGCGAGGGCGAGGACGAUGAUGAUGACGGGCAACUUCUCUCAAUUGAAUUCUCACUCUUCAUCUCUUCCAUCUUGCCCGUUUGGUCCCAGUCCAGACCGAGCGUUCCCAUGACUUGCAGUGCCGCUUCUCCAUCACCAUUCUUUGCUUUCAGGGCUGCGGCUGCAUGA